AUGGCCGCGAGUUGUUUUGGUGUGUUGAGCGAGGCGGAAUCAUUUGUUAAAUUGAGCGCAUUCGUUAUGGCUUCUGGGACAGUCAACGGAUCUAAUAAUUCACCCGGGUCUGCCAAUCAUAACCACAGUUUGGAAUACUUGGAUAUGAAAAGCUCUCUCGUUGGAUCGACACCCUUUGAUCCAAAGAAGAGUAGAGUUACUGUGCAGCGUCCUGGAGAACAGAAAGCUUAUCAGUGCGGUCCAAAUUCCCGAAAGAAUAAGAAGGCUGAUUCCUCUGUUUCUCCUUGUCCAGUUUCAUAUAUCGUUUACAAUUGGUUUGCGCGCGCUACCAUUGACACGGUUAAAAUCUCUCCUUCUCUCUCCACUCCUCCUCUUCACUCUUUUCUUCCUCACCUUGAUCAUAUCCGUUCCUUCCUCCUAGCCACACGUGUCUCGCUCUCACCAGCAAGCGCACGUACUGCUGGUACUGCUUUCUGUUACUACAUGCCCUGGGGAUUCCUGACUUGUUUUCAAUGCCUUGAUCCCCAGGGUGUGCCACAGUGGGCGGCAUGCUAUCAGUCUCGCGCUCGGACCACUGUUUGCAAAAUUGUCGCUGCAUGA